GAGUUGAGUGAAAAGGAGAGAAGAGAAUAAGUGCAAGUUAGUGCAGCCAGUUCAGCAAUAAAAAACAAACCUAAUGCAUUAGCAUGAUCAUGUUGGCGAGCUUGGCGCAAGCGCCCGAGUAAAUUCGAGUAAGUACCAAUUGCGAAUGGCCGGGAACGCGCCGGCGAAGAUGCAGGAAGAUGGCGGCGGCAGAGUCAAACGAGACAAAAUGCAUCGACGUUUCGUGCGCUGAAAAUGCGACGGGCAAGGAGCCGGCCGCGGCGAUUCCGCGCCGGCAGACCGAGCGGUAUCAAUUUUGCACAACGGAUCUGCUGUACUACGCGUUUUCGGUCAGUUUCUUUUUCGCGGACGUAGCAACAGACAGCAUUGUAUUUGUGGAAUACCUUUUGCAAGGCCACAUAGAGUGGGGAUGCUUUGCAAUAGGUUUUACCAUCUUACCCGCUUGUGUUACUCAACUAUUUAGUUUGAGAUGGCAUCGCAGCGACGGCUCCUUGAAGACUAUUCACUGGUUGUUGCACUUUUUACUCCUAGGCUUUUUGCACAGGUACUUGACAUUGUUUUAUACUGCAGUGCAUUCUCUAAGAAAUAAGUCAAGCUUUAGCAAGGACAAGAAUUGGGUAUACCGGCAAGAGAGUGACAUAUGUAUGUUGCAUUUGUUUGAAUCAUUCAUGGGAGCUGCGCCACAAUUGAUACUGCAACUGUAUAUAAUUGCAAUAUUACAUCAUGCUCCACUUUGGACAAGUGCGUCCGCUAUAGCCUCCUUUUGUUCUCUCACGUGGGCCGUCAGCACAUACGUGAGAGCCAUGCACAAUAUCAACCGGGAGCGUAACAACGCGACCUGGGUGGCGCUCGCUCUUCAGGCUCUGUGGCGUAGCGGUAUGUUGCUGUCGAGAAUCGGAGUUCUGGUGCUGGCUGCCGUCUUCCUGAGAGCGUGGUUCUUAUUAUUUCUGGGUCUGCACUGGUUGUUCAUGACGAUCUGGGUGAUCUUGCAGAACACCGAGUUCUGUCCGACCGUGUGGGAGGAGCGCAUCUAUAACUGCAUCAUAGGACUCAUCUACUGCUUCGACUUCUUCAAUCUGUGCGACGGCAGGUCGCGUUAUCGCGUGUUGGUGUUCUACACGGUGAUCGCGCUGCAGAACUUGGUCUUCCUGGUGAUGUACGCGUUGCGCUUCGUCGACUCGAUCGCUGUCGACACGAUGAUCGCGAUCGCGAGCGCAAUAGUCGGCGGGAUGCUCAUCGGCUUGACCAGCAUGCUGUUGUACUAUAGCAAGUUCCAUCCGUCGAGGACGUCGGCGACAAGGGAUAUUCGCCGGGACGUCGACGAGCAUCUCGCCACCGCCAAGACCGACACACCCAGGUCCUUCAAGUUGUUCCACCGCGGCUCCUUGGUGUCGUUGCACCACUCCAUCGACAUCUCGCCGAGAGCCACCAUCUCUGAGGAGGUGGCCACCGAUAAGCAGUCCCUGCUGACGAACGUCGCGCAGAUCUCCGACUGCGCGGAAGAGGGUAUCGUCAACUGCAACUACAAUGCGGAGAUCGAGUCCGUGCGCGUCUCCACCGAGUGCGAGAAGCUGCACGGUCGCGCGCACAAAGAAGAAACGUCCACGACAAUGGACAACGCGGACAACACGCUUUCGGUGAGCGCGACAUUGAGCACUUUAUACCAGGGCUUACCCGACACCGACGACGCGGAGGCUCAUCAUCGCCAGAAACGUAGGGGCAUCUGCUUGCCCAUCACACUAGACACGGAGAAGAAAACUCUGCCGGAAGUAGACGUAGACAUGGACGUCGACGUAGACAUAUGCUUGUCAUCGCGGAAACGUCGCGGCAUCUACGAGCACGGUAUCGCGACGCAACUGGACUGGCUCUGCCCGGACGUGUCGAGCGUCGACUUGAACCUCGACGAUGGCGAGUGGAACAGCUCUUUCAUGUUGGACUCUUGCAGCAAAGUAAUCGGUGCGCUGGACGCGAUAAAGAACCGUGGCAGGCUGACGACCCCGACGCAGCUGGAAGGCAGCAGGAUCUUCGACAUAGAGAAGGCGUCCAAGGACUUGCAGCAACGGGACGAGACGAUGAGCUGUGUAACGUCGAUCCACGAUUACGAGAAUGUGUGUCCGCUGGGGAUCGCCCGACCGCCGUGGUGCAUCCGCAGCUGGAAAGGCUACACCGACAUCGAGACGUAUAUCCAUGACGACAGCGUGGUGCGUGAUCGGCGUCGGGACACACUCACCAGCACCACCGGCACCACCUACAGCUCGGAGUACUCGGACGGCGUAUGCGGUGCCGGAUCGUUGACUUCGCGCGGGAUCCUCAAGCAGGAUGACUACGCCGACACGUUGGUGUACGAUCUGGCGGAAUCGUCCAAGGACGAUAAGUCGCUAUACGAUCGUGGCGACAGGGUAUUCGCGAAUCGUACGAGCAUCGACGACCAGAACGCCCCCACGUUGUACAUCGCCAAGCCGGUGGUGAUAGACGACCGGGGUGGCAUGCUCGCGUUGGACACGAUACUGGAGGAACGCGACGAUUCGGCGACGUCGUCGUCGGAGGAAGGCAAGUUCCAACGUGUCCAAGACGUCACGCGCGACUCCGCGAGCACCUUGGUGAGCACGAUCGACCAGAUCAGGCGGUACACGGCGGAGAAUUCGCCGCGGCACGUCUACCACACCACAGGUACGCAGUGGGAGGACCUGAACCCGAAGAAUCUGAUGGCACGAGCGCGCUUUGCCAAGGUGCUGUUCGAUAACGACUUGAAGACCGGCACGGUGCCCGGUCCAGUUGGCGAGCUGUCGCCGUCGGAUGACCCACGCGUCGUCGACAAGCGCGAAAUAGACGCGAUCAGGGAGUUCGUCAAGUGCUGCGCGAUCGAGUCCAUCAAGAAGACGCCGCUGAUAGACGCUAUUCUGUCGGACUCGCCGAUUUUGGGCAGCAGGGGCAAGCUCGUGCGGCAAGUGACGUUCGCGGACUGCAAGGACGACUUCGACGCGAACGAAAGCGACUUGUACGUGGAGAUGAGUCCGUUGGUAUCCGUCGAGAACGGCGAGAACUCGUGCGCCUCGAAGCUCGUUGAUCUGAAGAGUCCCAACGAGCUGGAGUUACCUGCCAAGAGGAAUCUGCCCGCGACGUCGAAGAAGUCGCCGGAGCUGUCAGACAAGGAAAAUCUGGCGCCGGUCUCAUCGUGCAAGAGCAGGCGCUUCAACAACAACGACAGUGACGACAGGCGUGCCUGGACUAUAGACCGGGACGACAAGGCUGACAAGUCCCUGUGCAAUGUGCGUUUCAACGUGAAGGAGAAGAGGCAUAUAUUUCUCGAGCAGGUUCUCUCGCCGCCCAAACUCUGGAACAAACGGAUCUCCUCCUUCCACCCGAGCACUAAGAAUUUAUAAUCGAGUGGAUUUCCGCGGAUUUCUUGUACUUGAGGAGAGUUAAGUACAUCGGCUCAUUGCGAGGCACCAAAAAUCUCUCAAUUUUGGAACGAGACUCUGCGAUUUUCGCACUGUUGCGUCUGAUGUCGGUUUGAUUCGGAAAUCUUUUCUCAAAGAUGAACAAAUGAUCAACUUCCAGAUGUUCCACAAGUUUUCAAAAGUGUACUCUGUGGGGGAAGACUCUGGAUGAUGACGAAUUGAACGGCAGCUCAUUGUUAUUUUGCUCAAAUAUUUUGUAUUUAUGUUUUAGGAAUUUACUCUCGUGUUACAAGCUUUUACAACGAAAUUUAUUUUACACGAUAUGUCAUGGUAUUAAGUCUUAUUUCAUCAAGAUGUCACAUCUUUAUAUACGCUUCUACACAUACAUAUACAUAUACAGAUCUAGAUAUAAGCGCGAAUCAGGGAAACAAUUUAUAUAUAAACAGGAACAACACGCCACAGUACAAAGACUGCAGUAAUCUUAUGUCACUUGUUAAUAAGGCACAUUAAUAAGGAACGUUUUAUCCAUGACUUUAAGCUGCAUCGCGUUUAUCCUCGCGAGUGACGAAAUGAACGCGAUGUCAGCGUGUGAUAUGCGCCGUCCGACAGUUGUGUGGUGAAACUAUUGAAGUCCGGCAUUGCGUCUACUUCCGACGAAGUAGAUAACGCUUUUGCGACUAGAUAAGUGUAUAUAAAAUGACUUAUUAUAUAUAUACAUAUAUAUAAGAUUAUUUUUUUACGCAAUUUUAUUAUAUAGAAUAAAGACUCUAUGUGUAAUGAGAAUGUAAAACA